CAGCUCUGCAGCCUUCGAAGGCGCCGCUACAGACGAAAGCAAAGCUGUGAUAGAUCAAUUGGGCAGGCUGGCAUGCUCUCAUACCACUACACGGAUUGAGAAAAACUCGAUCUCGAUGAUCCUUCAUUUUCUCAUCCAUCACGGAAUGCGACCAGCCUGUGGCCUGUGGAAAGGUGCCGGCGUGGUCCCAAAGUAUGCUGUCCACGAUGUAACUGCAACUCUAGGGGAGGAUGCAGCCAAAAUCCUAGCGACUCGACGUCGACAUAAGCAUGGGCCAGAGGAGCUCCCUCGAUCCUGGAUAUCGACUUCGCCGUUCCUACGUAACCAGUCCUUCGUAAGAGUGACAAGUUACUGCAUUCGUCGGCUUAACGCGAAAAACUUCCGUUGCAUACGUUGCUCAAGGGCACCUCGUCUUGUGGUCGCCGUACACUGCAGUCGUAAACCUGGAGAUGUGGAUGGCCUCUCCUACACUGGUCGAUUUCUGCGAGCAUCCGGUCAGAUCCCUUGCGAUUUGAGAUACGGUCCCCCCGAAGCUAUCAAGGUCAUCCCUGAAGACGACAGUCAGAUGGAAUAUCUCUUCGCCGGCAUGGUAACCCCUCCUGUCAUCUCUCGUAGGAGGAAGUCUCUGCACCCUACCCCCGCCGCCAGGCGUCAAGGCAUCUUUCCAACAACAUCAACGGCAAGCAACGACUACUAAUGCAUCACACAUCACCAAGAGCAAGCUUGGAAUCGACGGCUUGAGGUCGAGCCUGCAAUAUGUCACACCCCGAGCAUUAGGUGUGUAGUAUCACCACGGUCGCAAAGGGUAGUUGCCGUGCUGCCAGGCAUGGACGCGUUUCUAGCACCGCAUAUCACCAGUCCACCUUCUGCGAUGCGCAGGGGAUCGACGUCUGGAACCCCGAGUGGAAAAGAGGAGAUGGAUACUCCACGUACAUUUGACUGAAUAUUUGUCUUUCGACCGCAUGGCGCAAACGUCGUGGAGAGUUCUACUCCCGCCGGCACGCCGUUCUAGUCAUGUACAUGGAACGAAUCCUAGUCUACCUAUAGCAUGGGCACUGCUAGAUG